CGAGUCUGGGUUCAAGACAUGAGAGUGUGUUUGGUGUGUAUGUGUGUGUGUGAGAGAGAGAGAGGGAGAGCGAGAGAGAGAGAGUACCCAGUGAAAAUCACCCGGAGACGGGCUCGGACAGUUUUGUGUUGACCGUGUCAAUGUGUGUGUCCUGUGAAUACAUCGCACCAACGCCGGCGGAAUCAUCUCACGGACACAACAGCGAGUCGAAAAUGAGGGAAUAGUCGGGAGGGAGGCACACGGCGAGGCUCGUCUGCAGCUAACGUUUGGUUCAAACUGCGAGUGGGAGCACAGCUGCUGGCUACGAAAAUGUCGGGGAAAAUAGAGAGCAAGCAAGACUCGCAGCGGUCCCAUCUCUCCUCUUUCACCAUGAAGCUGAUGGACAAGUUCCACUCACCCAAAAUCAAGAGGACACCAUCCAAGAAGGGCAAGCUACUGCAGCCCGAGCCAGCAGCCAAGAGUACUGAGAAACCUACUAACAAGAAGGUCAGUCGACUGGAGGAACAUGAGAAGGAGGUGGUCAGUGCCCUGCGAUACUUCAAGACCAUUGUGGACAAAAUGGUUGUAGAGAAGAAGGUGCUGGAGAUGCUUCCUGGCUCUGCUAGCAAGGUGCUGGAAGCGAUCCUGCCCCUGGUUCAGGUGGAAGCCCGGGUACAACAAAGUUCUGCGCUGUCUUCCUGCCAUAACCGUGUGUAUCAGAGUCUGGCCAACCUCAUCCGUUGGGCAGACCAGGUGAUGCUGGAUGGCAUUGACUUGGAAGACAAGGAAAAUGUGGCAUCAGUCACAAGUGUCAUCAAAGCAGUGCUGGACGGUGUAAAGGAACUUGUGAAGCUGACCAUAGAGAAACAGGAGCAGCCAUCACCGACCACACCCAACAAACCAGCACCACCUGCUAUCACAGCAGAAUGCAGCGUGUCAACAGAGUUGCCCUCGAUAGAUCGGGAGCAGGAGCUCUCGAAUAAGACCGCUCCAGCAGUUGUCCCCGCAGAGGUUGCCCCUGAGAUACCAGAUGAGGAGGAAGCCCCACCCAAACCCCCACUUCCCGAAGCAAAGAUGGCAGAGCUCAGUCCUCCACCAGCUCUUCCCCCAAAGAAGCGUCAGUCAGCUCCUUCGCCCACACGGGUGGCAGUGGUUGCUCCUAUGAGCCGCGGCUCCAGUCUUCCCUGCAGUGUUAACAGACAGCAGCAGGACUACGAGCAGGAGUUACUGCAGAGGCGUUUUUCUGGGGGGAGCCAGUCGUAUGGGGGCGAAUCUCCGCGUCUAUCUCCCUGCAGCAGCAUGGGGAAACUCAGCAAGUCUGAUGAACAGCUCUCCUCCAUGGAGCAGGACAGUGGUCAGUGCUCUCGUAACACAAGCUGUGAAACACUUGACAACACGGAGAACUACGACCCGGAUUAUGACUUCCUCCACCAGGACUUGUCAGUAGGGGAAAACCUGCCCCCAAUACCAGUGGGAGGGUGUCUGAGCCCCCUGCCAGAGUCUCACAGCGAGUCCUCUUCCCCAGUACCCGGACAGCAUCCCUCACAUCCCCGCUUUAGUGCCCCUCCACCGCAGCAAACCCCAGAGUACUGGACCCCGCAGCCAAAUCAAAUGAAUCCCCUGUCCUUCCGCAUCAGCGCACCACCUGCCCUUCCCCAGAAGAAGCGGCGCAGCAGCCAGGCAUCGCCUUUCCCUGACGUAGGGUCCAGGGUGCUGUAUGAGCGACACCCUUCCCAGUAUGACAAUUUGUCAGAAGAGGAACUGCACCCUACGCCGCCAUUUCCCCUUUUCACAACCAUCUCACCCAUGCCCCAGACAAAUGGGAGCUUGUUCGUCUCGCAGUACUUAAGCAGCGAGAAUGCAGAUAUGUCUGGCAGCCCACCGCCCCUCCCAGAAAAGAAAAGCAGACACAUCCUCCAGUACAUGCAGUUUGUGGAAGACUACUCAGAGCCGCAGCCCUCCAUGUUCUACCAAAUGCCGCAGAGCGAGAGCAUCUAUGAGCAGCGUAACAAGCGCUUCCAGGAGGUCUACAGCUUCAACGACUCCUUCAGCAGCACAGACUCAGUCCACGAGCCGCUGCUGCCCCCAGCAUUACCCCCAAAACAAAGACAACUGGCCUCCCACUCUUCCUCCCCCUCUUCCUCCUCCUCCUCUUCUCUCUCUUGCCACCUCCAGCCGUCUGUGGCGGCCAUGGAGGAGGCGGGCUCUGGGCUGGGUCUCAGCAUGUCCGUCUCUAACUCCUACCUGAUUGGGCAGGCAUCCUUGACCACACCCACGAGCUUGGACCAUGUUGCCUUGACCUAUGCCACCAUUCUGGAUGGCAGCGGGGGCGGGCCCAACGGUUCCCUGGCUGGCUCAAUGGGCUCUGUGGCUGUCUGUCUUCCUUCUGAGUCUUCUCUCACUGACUCUCUCCACACCUCAGCGAGCGAGAGUGCGAAUGACGAGGGCGGGGAGGGGGAGUACGUCAACUUGUACUCAUCCAGCCAAGCCAAUGGAGAGCUGCCUCUGUCCCUCAGAGAAACGAUUGCAGAUGACGACGUACUUCAAGACCCCACCCCUCAAAUGCCAUCCACCAAUAGCAAAGAGGCUUUGGACAAGGAAAAUUUCAGGAGGCAAAAGUCAACAGAGUCAACAGGAAACGAUGAAGAGGAUGUGGACGAACUCUCCCUCAUAGACCACAAGGAGAUUAUGAGCAGGAUAACUCUGAAACAAGCAAGUGACGAUGGCCCUGAUGUUCGUGCUGGAUCAGGAGAUAUUCUAUUAGUCCACGCUACAGAAACAGACCGCAAAGAUCUUGUUUUGUACUGUGAAGCCUUCCUGACUACGUAUAGGACUUUUAUAACCCCAGAGGACCUAAUUAAGAAGCUACACUACAGAUAUACCAGCUUCUGUCACAGUCCAGACACCUUCAAGAAGCGAGUCAGCAAGAACACGUUCUUCGUGUUGGUUCGAGUAGUGGAUGAGCUGUGCCUGGUGGAGCUGACGGAGGACAUCUUGAAACAGCUGAUGGAACUGGUGUUUACGCUGGUUUGCUAUGGCGAGCUGAGCCUCGCCCGCGUGCUGCGCAAGAACAUCCUGGAUAAGGUGGAACAGAAGAAGCUGCUUCGCUACACAAACUCCCUCAAGCCCCUGGCCGCCCGAGGGGUCUCAGCAAGGCCUGGAACUCUUCAUGACUUCCGCAGUCAUGAGAUUGCUGAUCAGCUCACUCUCCUUGAUGCUGAACUCUUCUAUAAGAUAGAGAUUCCAGAGGUGCUGCUUUGGGCCAAGGAGCAGAACGAGGAGAAGAGUCCGAACCUGACUCAGUUCACAGAGCACUUUAACAACAUGAGCUAUUGGGUCCGCUCUUUGAUAAUUCAGCAGGAGAAAGCCCAAGACCGAGAGAAGCUGCUCCUCAAGUUCAUCAAGAUAAUGAAGCACUUAAGAAAGUUGAAUAAUUUCAACUCUUACCUGGCAAUACUGUCAGCCCUGGACUCUGCUCCCAUCCGGAGAUUGGAGUGGCAGAAACAGACCUCGGAGGGAUUAGAGGAGUAUUGCACGUUGAUCGACAGCUCCUCCUCAUUCCGAGCGUACAGAGCUGCUCUGUCUGAAGUGGAGCCUCCAUGUAUCCCAUACCUGGGUCUCAUACUCCAGGACUUGACCUUUGUCCACCUGGGGAAUCCUGACUUCAUCGACGGGAAGGUCAAUUUCUCCAAACGCUGGCAGCAGUUCAACAUACUGGACAGCAUGCGGCGCUUCCAGCAAGUGCAUUAUGAACUGAAGCGCAACGAAGACAUUGUGUGUUUCUUCAACGACUUCAGUGACCACUUGGCAGAGGAGGCCCUGUGGGAGCUGUCGCUCAAGAUCAAGCCCAGGAACAUCGCCAGGCGCAAGACGGAACGCGAGGAGAAGACCUAGGGGCUCGCAGGCCUUUUUCCGAGACUGACCUCCAACUGUGCUUCAUGACACUAACUCCACUUUACUACAGACUGAGAGAAAGACGAAUGGAAGCUAUCCGCUGGAGCAAAUGGGAGACUCAUUGUGGGGGAUACAGAACGAGCUAGACUGAAGCGUGCCCGGGGUUUUUACAUAGAGCUCUGCUGCUCUGGGAGAUUAUAAUUGGGAUUACUGCGGGAAGAGAUUGUGACCACGGUGAAACGGGACGAAGCCUUGUGCCAAGGAGGACAGAAGAAUCGCACAGAGCGGGCAGACGCCGUGGAAAUAACCAAAGUCUGCUCCCUGGGCUCUCUGUUUUAGAGUGGAGCUGUUGCGUGUGUGUGAGAGUGAGCUGAAUGGUCCAUAACUCUCCAAGUUGCUCCUUCCUCUUCCUUUAUGUACGUGCCAUUUGUCGGCCAUCUUCUGCAACCCUCUCUCCGACUCAUGAGUUCCCCUCAAAAAGCAGAACCUCGAGAGCGACCUGCUGUGAACUGUGACGUCAACAUGCAGGCCGCAGACAGUCCCCCCACCCGGGGGUUGGGGGGGUUUGAAGAUUUGAACUUGAAGAGGAUGGCCGUAAGAGACUGGAAAGUUUGUUUUGAAACAUUUUGUGUAAGAAUCAUGUAUGGUUAUGAAAUGUAUUAUAUACAGUGCUCCUUUUGUUCUUAAAAAGGAUGUUUAUGCUUACGAGAAGAGCUUCGCUUCUCCCAAGUGCCAUACAUAUGUGCACUAAAAAAAGCAAAGCAAAAACACAAAAAGAUAAAUUACUAAAGAUGCUGUGAUCUAUGUAUGUCAUACUGAAUCAUCGUGUGCCGUGUUCAAGUGUAGAGAACCGCGAGGCGAUCACAAUCAUGUCCCAGUCAUGUCGGUGUGUGAAAGUGUCUGUGUGCGACUGAAGUCCUCGGCGACUUGUGUGUUCGUUAUUUCAACAUGUGCUGUAGUAUAAAUUCAGUUUGAUUCCUUUUUGGGGAUAGAACCAACACAUCACACUGUGCUCUCAAACUCCAAUAAAACAAACGGCUCUGUUUCUAUA